UCUGCCACUAUUUCUCUUACUACUUCACUCCCCACUCAGUCUCAAGCCAAAAAGCAUCAAAACCGAAAAAGAGAAUGGAUCGUAGAAGCGCGUUGCUUGUUGCUUUGAUUUGCAUUGUGGUGGCUGGUGUCGGUGGUCAAUCUCCUACCGCCGCACCACUAAAGCUCCUCCAGCGGCAACUAGCUACUACUGCUCUGCUACAGCUCCUGCGAGCAAAAAUCACCGCUCCUAAUGCUCCAACCACUUCUCCACAUCAUUCACCACCAACAUCUUCAACCAACUCGUCCCCACCGGCUGCGGCUCCGGAGAAACCUGCGACGGUUCCGGCUCCAUCUAAAUCUGCUCCGGUUUCUUCCCCUCCUGCUGCUACUCCUAAGUUCUCACCGGCUCCAUUUCCUGUGAGCUCUACCCCAGCUGCGAACACAGCAACUCCUCCAGAGCGCUCCGCUUCUCCUCCGGUCCUGUUGCUGCACGACAACUGCUGAGGUUCCUGACCAGCUCCAAGCAAGAGCAAGAAGAAGUCUAAGAAACACAAUGCCCCCUCCUUCACCUGAAUGCUUGGACCUCCCGCCCCAUAAGGAGCUCCUGGACCAAGCCUCGACGCUUCUCCCGGCCUUCCGUCGCUCGCCGAUGAUGGAGCAGAGGCAAUCAAGAGCAUGCAGAAUAUUGGAGGACUGGCAUUGGGAUGGCGCGCCAUUGCAUUGAUUUCAAGAGAGCUUUGGAUUUGGUUAUGGAAAGUCUGGUCUGCCGCUGAUCCUUUUUUAUCCCUCAAUGAGCUUGUAUUGUCACCCGUAACCGUGGGUAAAACACUAACAGAUAACAAUUGUUACACCUGUCUCAUCAAACGCAAGCGUGCCGUUAAAAGUUUUCGGAAAAUUGUGACCCAUGACACGACAGCUCGAACCAGAAGUCUCUCCACCCAUGUUGAGAAAGCUCAUUGCUCUUGUCAUAAAAUUCUUCAGGUAAAAAACGAAAGCUUCCAAGAUGAAAAACGUACUCCUUAG